AUGAAAGUAGUCGCCGAUGUCGAAGUGGUCAGUCGUGAUGUUGCUCUUCGUGGAAUUAGUUAUAAGAGUCGUUCAAGUCGAUCGGUAUUAACGAUAGGCAAUAAAACCAAGCCAUUAUCGAUUCAUAUAAAACAGGAUCAAUGCAAAGAGAAAGGUGAUUUGUUAUUACUUGUUUGUACGAGAUCCAAUCCAUCAGGGAGGCAGUACAAGCUCAAGGGUAAUGUUGAACAAUUAUUUGGUAAAUUCAUCCAUGAUGGUAAAGGGACUAUCCGCUUGAAAAGUCCUCCUGUCGACUUGUGUUUAAGUAAGGCAAAUCCGGUGGAAUUAAAGAAAUUUCUAUGUGCUAUACGCCUUUGUCACCAAGAUCGCGACACGGAUAAACUAGAAUUAAGCCUUCUAAGACCUGCUAAAACUCAAGAAUUAGAAAAACCGCAAACUAGCAUGGCAAUUUUGUCUUCUCAAGAAUAUCCAGUGAAGCGUCCAUUUCCAUCGUCUUUAGAGAAAUUAAUUAUCAAUGAUUGUGGCCUUAAAAAAUUAGAAGACAGGAUAAUACGUUUAGAAUGCUUAAAAGUGUUGGAUCUUAGGAAUAAUUGUUUGAAAUCCUUGCCGGAUGCCUUUGAAGGCUUUCAAAAUUUAGCAGAACUUAUAUUGGCCAAUAAUUACUUGACCCAAGUUCCAAAAAGCUUGGGAUGCGAUAAAUUAGCCAAAUCAUUAAAAUUAUUAGACCUAACUUGCAAUGGAUUUACCGUCUUUCCAAUGUUAAUAUGCAAUUUGACAUCUUUGAGUACUCUAAAAAUCGCCCAAAAUCGUAUGACUAAAUUCCCUAGCGGUAUUUCUAAACUUGCCAAUUUAAAGCAACUAUUGGCCAGUGAUAAUCAACUUGCUGUGCUACCGCAUGGCUUCACAAAAUUAUCCCUAAGUCAUAUUGAUUUGUCUGACAAUCCGCUAUCCAUUGAGGUUUUACCGCUUGUUAAAAAAUAUAAUAUGCCUGUGCCUAACUUGUCUGAAUUGGCAUUGAGGGAAGUAUGGAAAAGACUGCAGGAAAGGAAAACAUGUCAGUGGUGUCAUGGAUCAUGCUUUCUUGCUAGGAUCGAUGUUACAACGUCAAUGGAUUUGCAUCUUAUCGCACAUACUGUAACGGCUGUUGAUCAAACAAAUCGUAUGGUUGUGCCAUAUUUAAUAAGCUUAUGUUCUGAAAGAUGUUAUCAUCGUUGGAGUAUUAGAAAUUAUCGACAGAUGAAUGUAUGA